AUGUACGGCACCAGCAUCAUCGCUCUCUUCGCAACCUCAUUCCUCGCCACCACCUCCCAUGCCGGCCCACUCCUCCCCCGCGCCGACCCGAUCGUGGUCUACCCCAGCUUCACGAGCCAAUACAACGCGAAAACCGGGGCCGUGACCUUCAACACCACGAGUGGCCUGGUGUCGCGCAACCCGCAGAACGGCGGCGCCGACAUCAGCACGCUGGUGACAUUCGCGCUCGACACCAAGUACAGCACCAACAAAUGCCAGCUCGUCUUCGACCUGACCGACUCCAAGUCCUCGGUCAGCGGCACGGGCAAAGCCCAGCUGUACUCGGCGCUCGCACCGGCGUACACAAGUGCGAGUUCGUGGCCGUCGGGGAACUUAAGGGAUCAGGAUCUGGGGUCCAUUGUCGUCGUUAAGGGGAAGCGUGCCACGUGGGAUGCGACCGCAGGCGGCUUGUUGGCAGGCUCGAACGGCACGUUCCCGUGCUCGGAUAUUGCUGGCGCUAUUUUUGGUGGUGAGAUUGUGCCGAGGGGUGAUACUGUUGAGAUUAAGUGGCCGACGUUGGUUGAUGGGAUCAAGAUCCUCGUGACCUAG